AUGAAAAUUAGUUUGGCCCUUUUGAGUGUGUUGCUUGUACCCAGCAUACACGCAAAGUACGUUGUUGAUAUAGAGGCUUUAGCUGCUGCUGUCAAGGCUGAGGAACAUAAACGAGACGAAGCGAGGGAAGCCGGAUUCGUUGCUAAAAGGGAAGAAGCACCCACCACCACCGAAACAGCCAUCCUUUACAAGAAAGAAGAAUCUCACCCUACCACCACCGAAACAGCUAUUCUUUACAAGAAAGAAGAAUCUUACCCUACCACCUUGUUGAUCCAGAAGAGAGAACCAAAGAAUGUUUUCUCUUUCAAAGACAUGGAAAUGCUUGGCGAUUUUCCCGAUACGCUCAAGAAUGCCAAGUCCAAACGUGAACCCAAGAAUGUUGUGUCUUUGCAAGAACUCAGUGAAGACAUUCACGACGAAAUGAUCUCCAAACGUGAAGCUAAGAAUGUUGUUUCUUUGCAAGAGCUCAGUGAAGAUAUUCAUGCCGAAGUGAUCUCUAAGCGUGAGCAGCAAGUUCUCGCUGAUGAGAACUCCAGUCUUUUGCAAUCUGUGCUUCCACAAAUGUCUGAAAUCUCGAUUUUUGCUGGCUAUAUUCGUGACGACCCAAAAAUUGAGAGCAAGACGUCAUCUUCUGACGAAUCCAUGGUGAUCAUUGCUCCAAGCGACAAUGCCAUCAUGACCAAGUUGGACGGAAAAAAGCCAUGGGAGUUCCCCACCGCAUUGACGGGAGAUGAGAGAAAGGACGAUGGUAUAAUACAAGGCAACUUGCAACACUUUUUGAAGAGUCACAUUGUUUCCAACUUUGAGAAGCAGCUUUCUUCUGAGGAGAGUGACGAGGUUGUGAUUGUCACCAAGCUCCUUAGUGGGGACAAAAUCAAGAUCAAGCAAUCGUCUUUGGGUAACUUCUUUGUGGCCGAGAUGGACGGCGAGUGGAUACUGGUUGAUUCCGUGAAGCACGUAGAUAACGGAUUUGUAUUCGUUAUUGAUGAGAUCUUGUUUGCGCCCCAGUCAAUCUUUUAUCGAGUUCGUUUGACAUGA